AUGCACUGCGCCCCUGGUCAGGCACUGCUCGCCGUCGCCGUCUGCGACUCGGCACGUCCCGUCUGCGCAAAGUGCAAGACUAGCGGCGUCGUGUGUCCCGGUUACGAGGACAAGAAGCCGUUGGUAUGGCUUGCCCCUGGCAAGGUCAAGACCCGGACGUGGAAACGGAAGAGCCCGCCUGCCAACAAGACUAAAGACGACAUUUCAUCGAAAAGUGACAACAAAGAGCAGAGCGGGUCAGAACUUGCAAAGGCAGUCUACCCAUUCUUUGCAGCGAAUCAGUUGACCAACAGCCCCUGGCUUGUACCCGUGUCGUACAUCCAGUACAUGGGAGUUACCAUCCAACACACUCUCGUUGCCAUGGCCAUUAACCACCGCUUGCUGAGCUUGUCUUCGAGGAAAAACGACUUGCAUCACGCAGAAGUUCGGGCCCGAUUCCAUCAGCAUCGAUGUACGGCAAUUCAGGCCUUGAACGGAGAGAUCAGCCACCAAAAUGAGAAGAGGAGAAUCUCUGACUACACGAUGGCGGCGGUGAUUGUGUUCUUAUACGCAGAUCUUAUGGGAUCAGUGACAGCCUCCAACUGGCGGCAUCAUCUCAACGGCUUCAUGGCUAUCAUCGAGAUGCGAGGUGGUCUGAGAAGUGUUUGCGACGCCGCGCCAGGCUACAAGACUGUAAUCCUAUUCUGCAAGAUCAUCGAGAACUUGGCAAACUCAACAAGCCCUGCAUACGACCAAGUUUCACCGCUAGUCAAUUUCGAAAUGAGAGGUCUUACCCAAGAAAUCUACGAAACAGGAUACUACCCCUUCCUCCCUUGCCCUGUUCAACUAUUCAUCGAUAUCAUCUGCGUCAACCGCCUCCGAUACCUCGCAACGCAACCAGAGUCGUCAGACACACUGGACUCUCUCCAGACAGAAGCUGAAGACCUCCUCGAGCGCAUCAUAGACUUCUCCCCCGAAACUUGGUCCGCCGCCAAGACCGAAUCGCAAGAGCAAUUCUUGACAAUGGCGCAAGUGUAUCAGUCCGCCGUCGUGGUCUUCGCCAUCGCCUCCCUGCAGAGCGUCUGUGUGAUACCCGCAUCCGCGGGCUGGCGGGCCGUGAAGACAAUACACGGCAGCAAGCUCAUGGCCCUCCUCGAGAAGGCUGCCGGGUCUCAGGUUCUGAGGAGCUGCGUCAUGUGGCCGAUGAUUGUUGCUGGGUUCGAGGCUAAGACGGGGACCGCGGCGGUAAGGUCGUUCGUUGCUAAGCGUUUAGCCGAAGAGAGUGUACACCUUGGUGCGUAUUUGCCUCUAGCAACGAAGGAUAUUCUAGAGAAGUUUUGGUCGUCUGGGAAGAAAGACUGGGAUGAGUGUUUCGAUACCCCUUAUGCUCUAGUUACUUGA